AUGGAGUCCUCUGAAGCCUCCACAACAGCUGGAUUUCGAGUGGCCUUGAAAUACAGGGCGAACGCGGAACUGGGAAAGCUGACAGAAGCAGAGAUUAUUGCGCCGGUCGAUAGACCAACGCCGUGGGUAUCAGGCCUAGUGUGCGUCGACAAGCCAAACAAACUAAGGAUUUGUCUAGACCCCCAGGAUUUGAACAAAUCCGUGAAACGAAACAACUACCCAAUGAAGACAAUUGAAGAUAUACUUCCGGACGGUCCGGACCUGAACAAGGCAAAGAGGAGGCUGGACGAGACCCUUCAAGGCUUAGACGGCAUCAAAAUUAUUGCAGAUGACAUACUGGUAUAUGGGGAAGGAGAGUCACUGAGAGAUGCAGAGCUAGACCAUGACCAGAAGCUGAGAGCACUGAUGAACAGAUGCAUAGAGAAGAAUGUAAAGCUCAAGUUUAAGAUGAAGAAAGUUGCAUUCAUGGGACAUGUGGCUACAUCACAUGGUUUCAAGCCAGACCCAGCCAAGGUACAGGCAGUGAAAGAUAUGCCAGCCCAACAGACGUAG